CUUUGUGCUAUUCCUAUCUGAGGGUGUCAGAAUCCAGCCAGGGACUGCCGGAGUUCUUCUCCAUGGUCCACCUGGAUGAUCAGCCCAUCACUCAAUAUGACGACAACACCAUGAAGAUGGUACCCUGGUUGGAGAUGGUGGAUACAACGAUCCUCGUGGCCCUUGAAAGGGUGUUUGGGGCUGACCUGGAGUGGCUAUCAAAACUCAACCACAAGGCUGGAGGGCUUCACACCUGGCAGGUGAGUUUGGGCUGUGAGCUCAGAGAAGACGGGAGCAAAGGAGGGUUUUUGCACUAUGGCUACAAUGGGAUGGACUUCAUCAGCUUCGACAAGGAGACCCUGAGAUGGGUGGCAGCUCAGCCACAGGCCCAGAAGGUCAAGGAGGAGUGGGAGGAGGAUCCAGGGUUGUCUGAGAGAAACAAAGUCUACCUGGAGGAGACCUGCAUUGAGUGGCUGCAGAGAUACCUGCCUUACCAGAAGGAGGCUCUUCUUCAGACAGAGCCUCCAGUGGGGAAAGUGACUCGCAAAGUGGUGGACGACAGCCUGGAGGUCCUCAUCUGCCAGGCCUUUGGCUUCUACCCCAAGGAGAUCCAGACCACCUGGAUCAGGGAUGGAGAAGUCUGCCAGAAUGAGACCCUCCAUAGGAACGUGGCCCCCAACUCAGAUAGGACCUAUUAUGUCCUGCUCAGCAUUGAGAUCGAUCCCAAGGAGAGGGACCAUUUUCAGUGUUACCUGGAGCACGAGGGCUUGCAGGAGCCCCUGGUCUUGGCCUGGAAGGAUGAAACAGCCUCCGCCAACAGCUCUGCCAUAAUUUCAGCUAAAUUUUCACCUUUCUCUUCUUCCAUAUUUUGA